AUGCGUCUGAUAAAAAACAAAGUUGAACACAAUGGCUCCGGGACGGUCACAUUGUUCCCGGAGGAGCCUGAAGACAUGUGGCACGCAUACAAUUUGAUCCGCCCGGGAGAUUUACUACGCGCAAGCGCUAUCCGCCGAGUUACCACAGUCCAAGAUACGGGAUCCACCACAUCCACCCGAGUACACCUGAACCUUGAAAUCCGCGUGAAGAACCUUGAUUUCGAUCCUCAAAGCUCGGCGCUUCACGUUUCGGGACAAAUCAUCAACGAGACACCUCAUACGAAAGUCGGACAGUUCCAUACCCUUGAUCUGGAGCUCAAUCGGAACUUCACUUUGGAAAAAGAGGUCGGCGCGAAUGGCGAGGGUGUCGGGUGGGAUAGUAUCGCGAUAGAGAUGCUCAAAGAUGCGGUGGAUGAGGGUGGGAAACGCCGCGCGGAGGCUGUCGCUGUUGUCAUGCAAGAGGGUCUGGCACAUAUUUGCUUCAUUGGACAAUUCCAAACAAUAUUAAAGCAGAAAGUCGAGAUGUCUGUGCCGCGGAAACGACAAGGCGGAGGCGAUCAUGAUAAGGGGAUGGGCAAGUUCUUCCGUAUGACGCUCGAGACGCUUCUCCGACAAAUGGAAUUCAAUACCAGCAUUACAUCGGUCUCGAACAAUGAGUCUGUACGGCCAGUUCUCCUUGCUUCGCCUGGGUUUGUCGCUUCAGGAUUCCAUAAAUACAUACAGUCCGAAGCAUCUACAACAACACCAGGUCUUAAGAGACUACUUCCCAGCAUGGUGGUCGUUCAUUCAGCAUCAGGAUACAUGAACUCUCUUUCCGAAGUUCUUCAGUCACCUGCAGUCAAGACACUUCUUGCUGAUACGAAAUAUGCACGUGAAACAAGGUUAAUGGAUGACUUCUUAGAUCAGCUUCGCAAGGAGACAAACAAAGCUACAUAUGGUCCUCGUGAAGUGGAAUCAGCAGUUGAUCAGGGAGCAGUUGGUCGUGGCGGCGGUGUUUUGAUCAUGUCAAAUCGACUCUUCAGAUCACAGGAUAUCGCGGAGCGCAAGCGAUGGGUGACCCUUGUGGACCGAGUCCGAGAUGUGGAAGGUGGUGAGGUACGAAUCCUCAGCUCUGAUCACGAGAGUGGGAAACGCCUCGAGGGACUUGGAGGCAUUGCGGCGCUUUUGACCUUCCCGAUCAUAGAGGAAGAUUUGGAUUCCGAAGAUGAAUCAUGA